AUGCCUAAUCAAUAUUCCAGAUCAAAGUCUCUUCAAGCUCCAAUUCCACGCGUCAACGCCGUUAAACGUCCACUAUCCUAUCUUCAGCCACCUACCUUACCAAAGGUAGACAGGUCCCUGACGUACCACUUUCGCCCGUCUUCGUCGAUUUGCUCCAGGUCGUGGUCCCUCACUCCAGCUGCCCAGGUACCCACGCACAAGCGACGCCCAUCUUCCAUUGUGCAGCACACCACCACUACCACCACCUCAACCACCUCCUCCAUCGCCGUCCCGCGCCCAUCCGUGUAUCCAAGGCCACAUUUCAUCCGCACGAUACCCAUCACUUCCCCGUCCGACCGGUCACAUUGGACGACCCAUCCUCCCACGAACCCAUCAUCGAGCCUCUCGCAUGAAUUACCUCCGUUUCACCCCCUGCCUCUCCACCUAAACACAUCCCCCAACUCUCCUCGCUCACGGUCACCACCACCGUCGCACCGGGAAUCUACCUCUCACCACGGCAAAGCCGCAAAUCCGCAAAGCUCGCGCCCUCACUCACCUCACUCCUCCACGCCACGAAACCACGCCUGUCCUGGCUUCUUCCUUGUCCCGUCCCGUCUUCGCAAGUAG